AUGGAGUCCCAUGUGGGUGUGUUCAUUGCAGUGGCGUUCAUGGUGCAGUUCGCGGUAGCUGUCAAGCUGGCUUCCGAUACUGCUGCGAGCAAGGGUAAGAUCAAGAAGUGGCUGAUGCAGUGCCGAAGCUAUCUGGUUGGCGUCUUCCCGCAGCAAGGCGCACAAGACCUGAUAAUGUGGAACGAAGUCAUGCGGAUUCACAUCCAGAUUUCCCACCGGAGUAUGAUCUUUUUGCUUUUCGCCGGAUGCACUCUGAUGACGGCAGCGCAGGUGUUUUUCCUUUCAGGAUUAGACCCAGCGACAUUCUGGCUGUCUACGCCGCAAUUGUGGACAGGUACGUUCGGCCUUGUGGCCGUGUACUUGUUCACCUUCGUGCCAGUCCGCUUCCAGUCCUAUUCGGUCCAUGCUUUCUACCUCAUGUUGAAUUCCCUGGCGCUGAUAAUGCUGCUGCCGUCCCAUUGCCCGAGGGACCAGCUUAUUCGGAAUUCGAUGACUCAGUUUAUCAUAUUUCGCGUGCCCUCCAUUUUGCUGACUCCUCGAACAGUGCUGGUGCAAGUUGUGGGCUGCGGAUACCUUCUGAUGUCGCUCUUGCGAUUUACGCUGGAGCCCAUCCCCGAAACCAGCGGCUGCACGGUUGAUGAGCAGUUCUUGGUGAGAAUGGAAGUGUACAUGUUGCUUGCUACGACCUUUCUCUCCUUCAUGGUGAGGGCAAUGGUGAAACGGAAGGUAGAACUCAGUGUGGACAGCAGCAACCUAGCGAAACAGGUCAGCGCUGCAUCCUCCUUACUGAAGCUCACUUGCGAUGCCGUACUUGAGCUGGAUGACAACUUGCGACUCACAGAGCACUCCCCAGAGUUGUCCGCCUUACUUCUGCACCGACCGGGCUCCAGCAUGAAAGGCAAACAGCUGACAGACUUCAUGAAGCCAGAUGAUGCUACCCGUGCCACGCAUAUCCUGGCUGCCGGUCCGUCUGGCCAUGAGAACCAGAUCUCUGCUCAUGCCUUUCACACACGACUUGUGGAUAGCUGCUCAAGCAAGCUCUGUGCAGAGGUUUUUCAAGUGAAAUACACCAAGCACGACGGCAAGGAGUAUAGCUUGCUUGGUCUUCGUGACUUUACAGAUGUCAAACCUCUCUCUGGAGGCAAUGCCCUCGAGUCCCUCGAGCCAACAUCCAGCACAGACAGCCUGGGCUCGCAAAUCUGCCCCGCAAUGACAAGAACAGACACCACUCGAGCAGCUGCAGGUUUCUCUUCGGAAGCAGAGGAUGCUGUAAGUGUGAGUGUAAUCAGCUCCACAGAUGAAGAGUCGCUGACAUCGAGGCCCCGAACGGUCUACAUGGAUAUUGACACGGAGGGCAUGCUGAUCCAGGCGGCUUCUUCGCCAGUGAUGGCACUCUCUGGCUCACCACUGGCAGAUGUGUUUCCUUCCCCGCACACGAGACUACUGUUGGAGCAGCUCCGUCGUGAGGCGGACCUCUUCCGAAGCAGGGGGGAGGAACCCCCUGGUCGUGUUCUGAACUACGACGAGAUGCCCGUGAUUCUCCACCCUGGCACGGUCGACCGGGUCGACCGCAUCACCGGGACAAUGCAGAUCACCCAAGCGAGAUUCGGCGGGACCCACGUUCUCAUGGCCUUCUCCCCGCUCCGUCCAAGAGAGUCUGAAGGCCGGCGUAGCUCUCAGAGCUCUCAGAGAUCAUUAGAGAAGCCUCUGGGAGCACUGUCGCUCUAA